AGUCCUUCGGUUCACGAGCUGCUGCUCCUAAAGGCUCCACAUAGCUUUACCGUGAACUCCGUCACGCUGUGACCUGUGCGGAAUCGUAGGACCGACGCGAGGGAGCCAGGGAACUUACCAAUGGACUCACCGGACAUUGAGGAUGUGGCUGUGAACUUCACCCCAGAGGAGUGGGCUUUACUAGAUCCUUCACAGAAGAAACUCUACAGAGAUGUGAUGCAGGAAACCUUCAGGAUCCUGGCCUCAAUAGGUAAGAAUGAGGACAUUCCUUCCCUUCAUCAAUUAGAAAACAAAAGUCAAAUGGUAGUGAGACUCUGUGAAAGUGAAGAGGGUAGUCAAUGUGGAGAAAACUUCAGCCUUAUUCCAAAUCUCAAUCUGAACAAGAAAACUACUGGAGCUAAAUCAUGUGAAUGCAGUGCAUGUGGAAAAGUCUUCAAACAUCAUUCAUCGCUUAAUAGGCACGUUAGGUGUCACACUGAACCCAAACCAUAUGACUAUGAAAACUGUGGAGAGAAGCCAUAUAAAUGUAAGGAAUGUGGGAAAGCCUUCACUUUUCCCAGUUAUCUUCAAAUACAGGAAAGAACUCAUACUGGAGAGAAACCCUAUGAAUGUAAAACAUGUGGUAAAGCCUUCCGUUUUUCCAGUAAUAAUAAAGUAAUGAAAGGAGUCACACUGGAGAGAAACUCGAUGAAUGUAAAAAAUGCGGGAAAGCCUUCAGUUGUAUUAGUUCUCUUAGAAAACAUAAAAGAAUUCAUACUGGAGAGAAACCUUAUGAAUGCAAAAAAUGUAGUAAAACAUUCACUUCUUCCAAUUCUCUUCAAAAACAUGAAAGAAAUCAUACUAGAUAGAAACUGUAUGAAUGUAAAAAUGUAGUAAAGCAUUUAGUUUUCUCAGUUUACUUCCAGGACAUGAAAGAAGUCACACUGGAGAGAAAUCCUAUGAAUGUCAGUAAAAUGGGAAAGUCUUUAAUUCUCAUGGAAACUUUCAAGGAUAUGUGAGAACGCACACUAGAGGAAAAACUAUGUAAAUGUAAAGAAUGUGGGAAAGCCUUUUGUCAUCUCACUUCUUUCUGAAGGUGUGAAAGGACUAAAUUGAUAAAAACUUCCUGAAUGUAAACGGUGAGGGAAAGACUUCAAUUAGCCUACAUCCUUCUAUAUGUAACUCCCACCAAAAAGAAAUAUAAAUGUAAGUCAUGUCAGAAAGUUGAUGGAAAUUAAUUUGCAUGUAAUGUUCUAGAAAACUUCCAACAUGAAAGAGUUGUUAUAAAAGUUGUAAAUAUAUUGUUUACCAAGCCUCUUUCUUAAAGUGCAGCAUUGGAUUGUGGGUUUCUAUUAAUAACUUUCAGAAAUGAAUAUUGAGUUGAGAUAAUUCUGCAAGUCAUCCUUCAUUAGUAUUACAUAAAGAUUAAUAGGUGGUGCUUUUUUCUUAAAUCAGUUAAUGAUAUUUUCUCUUUAAUUGUUUUAAAAUAUUUUAAUUGUUCUGUUAAGAAGACAUUAAAAAAUGACAGUUGUAGUCUUUGAAAUAUUUUUAAUGGCCUUGAAUUGCAGUUCCAGGAUAUGCCUAAUCUGUUUUACGUAUUGUACAUUUCUUAGAGAAAGCUCCUUUUCCAAAGUGGUGAGUAUAGGAGCCUAUUUUAAUUUUCCAUACUUUUAAACAGUUGGAAUAAAUUUUUACGUAUGGCAAGAAUAUCGAAGAAUAUACUUUCCAGUGAAUUAUUAUUUUCAUAUUAGGGCUUUUGCUCUUUGUCCUUCCUCUGGCUGGUAUUUAGUGAAUACACUUGGAGUUAAGCAGAGGCUUGUGAUAGGGCAACAAAUUCUAGAGCUGGACAUAUCACCCCCAUAUUGCAUUAUGUCAUUGAGGGUAAUAAAUAUGAAAUAGAUAUUUAAGAAUCCAUUGCCUUUAUGUUUCCAUAUUGGAAUUCACCAAUAGCCUCACUUGCGUGAGAUUUGGAAGUCAGAAGCAAACAAGGCAUUAGUCAGAUUUUGGAGCCACCAUACUGGGAGAGAGACAGUUACAUAGGAGCUUUAAGGACACCAUCUUCCAGCCCAUUUUCUGAAUUAUUUGCCCUUCUAGUCAAGAGUAACUUGAAAACCACAAACAACUGUUUGAUUUCCAUUUUCUUUUGUGAGGAAGAUCAGCCCUGAGCUAACAUCCUUGCUAAUCCUCCUCUUUUUCUGAGGAAGACCGGUUCUGAGCUAACAUCUAUUGCCAAUCCUCCUCCUUUUUUUUUUUCUUCCCCAAAGCCCCAGUAGAUAGUUGUAUGUCAUAGUUGCACAUCCUUCUAGUUGCUGUAUGUGAGACGCGGCCUCAGCAUGGCUGGACAAGCGGUGCGCAUCAGUGUGCGCCCGGGAUCCGAACCCGGGCCGCCAGUAGCGGAGCGCGCGCACUUAACCGCUAAGCCACGGGGCCGGCCCUGAUUUCCCUUUUCCUACAGGUGUAUUUUCCACUGGUGUUUUCACAAGUUUCAUGUCAAAGAUCCAUUAGAGUUAGAAUAUUUCUGUAAGGCCUCUUCUGUCCACCAGGAAACUAAUUCAGACUUCUGUACUUGGGAGUAUUCUCUGAUUCUCCUCUUCUCUAAGUGAUAGCUGUAUAAGGUCUAAUGUGUAUAGGAAACAGCUCAUGCUGUUAAUAGUGCUAGUGAGCAUGUUUCCUGAUUCACCAUGACAUCUACAGUGGGGCAUAAAAAGAAGGACCUGGGAGUUUGUUUCUCUGCUGCAUUGUGCAGUGGCUGCCUUGACCCAGGUCUUCCAUGUGAAUACAAUCACCUUUCUCGUGUCAGGAAGACGGUGUGUUUCCUGUUACUUGUAGCUGAACGUAUUCCCCCAAUAUGUUUUGAAUAACAUUUGAUUGUAUGUCAUUAAAACUACAUGCAUUUCCUUGAGAAAUGAACACUUCUAUAGUUGUUUCAUUGAUAUAUUUUAUCAACUGGUUUUCAUUUCAUCAGAAUAUAUUAAAAUUCAUUUUAAUUAUGGAUUUUCAGA